AUGGCAAUCGCAGCCCGAUUCGGUCUUGACGUUAGACAAUUCGACGUUGGUAACGCCUUCCUGUACAGCGACCUAAAGAAGGACCAUCCCGUCUACGUCCGGCUCCCGCAAGGCUUUGCCUUGUAUGGUCUUCGAGAGUCUCCACUGCUCUGGUACAAUGAGAUCUCCCAGGCCCUCAAGGAGGCAGGGAUUGACCGUACGGAUGAAGAACCUUGUGUGUUUACCAACGGCAAAAUCCUGGCUCUUGUCUAUGUCGACGACAUCUUGAUUCUCAACCCACGGCAAGAGAAGAAGGCGGUAAACGACCUGGUCCAGCAUCUCCAAUCCAAAUACGAUCUGCGCGAAGAAGAAUUUAAGUGGUAUCUUGGCAUCAGAGUUGUAAGGGAUCGACCAAACAGGAAGAUCUACCUCUGCCAAGACGCGUACGUCGAGAAAAUUGCGCGAAAGUUCAAGCUCAGCGACUUGAAACCCGAGUACCAUCAAUCCCCAUCGCGACGAUCCCGCUCGUCAAGUACAACGGGCAGGCUACCAAGGAAGAGAUAA